GUUGGCAACUGCAAAACAAGUGUCAGUUUAUUGGAUGAUUCUGUCAAAGUAGGUAGCUGUUUACGUUUUGUAUCGUUAUUUUGCGAUCGUUUUGCACAACUUUUGUUAUAUCUUAUUGUUUUUAUGAUAACGCUUUAUCCCUACGUCUUUAUGGUGAAAUAUAAAUGUGAUAUUUCUUUACGUUUUAUGAACAAUGUCAGAUGUCAAGAGGUAAAAGUCUGUGUUUUGUGUUCUAACGUGUGAGUGACAGUUUUUAUAUUGUUUGGGAUUUGGAGCGAUAAACAUAAUCGGUAAUACGAGGUGGGAUGACACAGUGUUCGAACGGGUCAACAUUAGAGACGUAUACCGAGAUAUAUUAGUUGAGUGUGUUCGAGGAAAGUGUGUGGGUGAUCCUUAUGUUAAGGAUUGGUAGUUGAAACACGCGGUUGGUACUGUGUCGGUGGGUCGCAGAUGCGGUUGUGAUUGUGCAGUGUUGUGGUCAUUGUCAUGGUGACGUCAUGGCGCGCACUGGCGCUGCUGGCGGCGCUGCACGCGUGCGCCGCGCUGCCGGAGCCCGUGUACCACGACCAGUUCGCCGUGCACGUGCCCGCCGGGCCCCACCACGUCGAUGACAUCGCCAGGAGGCACGGCUUCGUCAACCAUGGACAGAUUGGUUCACUGAAGCACUACUAUUUGUUAUCACAUCAUGAAGUCCGCAAGCGAUCCGCGGAGCCGAGCCACGAACACCACAAAAAAUUAAAUGACGAACCGCAGGUUCGGUGGUUCGAGCAGCAGCGUGAGAAGCGGCGUACAAAGCGCGACUAUUCGCCGUACGAUCGGGCGGCGUUCUCGCAGCUGUCGCGACGGUUGCAGCCGCAUCGGCCGCACUAUCGCGCGCUCACCUCGUCUCCGUUCUUCCCGGACCCGCUGUUCAAGGAGCAAUGGUACCUGAACGGCGGUGCCAAGGAUGGUCUGGAUAUGAACGUGGCCCCAGCUUGGCAGAAAGGUUACACGGGCAAGGGCGUCGUCGUGUCCAUCUUGGACGAUGGCAUACAGACCAACCAUCCUGACUUGGCGCAGAAUUACGAUGCCAACGCGUCUACAGAUAUCAAUGGUAACGAUGACGACCCCAUGCCUCAGGACAAUGGCGACAAUAAGCAUGGUACCCGCUGCGCCGGUGAGGUGGCAGCCGUCGCUUACAACCAAUACUGCGGCGUAGGCAUCGCUUACAAUGCCAGUAUCGGUGGCGUCCGAAUGUUGGACGGUGUCGUCAAUGAUGCUGUUGAAGCUAGAGCCCUGGGUCUUAAUCCAGACCACAUCGAUAUUUACAGCGCUUCUUGGGGACCUGAAGACGAUGGCAAAACUGUUGAUGGUCCUGGACCACUUGCUAGGAGGGCAUUUAUCUACGGUGUCACGAGUGGUCGUCGCGGUAAAGGGUCUAUCUUCGUGUGGGCUUCAGGAAACGGUGGAAGACAUACAGACUCUUGUAAUUGUGACGGCUACACGAACAGUAUCUUCACGCUGUCGAUAUCUAGUGCAACUCAAGGUGGUUACAAACCUUGGUAUCUAGAAGAAUGCUCAUCUACGUUAGCUACCACAUACAGUUCUGGCACUCCAGGACAUGAUAAGAGUGUCGCCACUGUAGACAUGGAUGGAAGAUUACGGUCCGAUCAUAUUUGUACAGUAGAACACACAGGAACCUCGGCUUCGGCUCCCCUUGCGGCUGGUAUUUGUGCGUUAGCUUUAGAAGCUAACCCUGAACUUACAUGGAGAGAUAUGCAAUACUUAGUUGUAAUGACGUCAAGACCUCAGCCUCUUGAAAAAGAAGGAGGAUGGAUCAUAAACGGAGUCAAGAGAAAAGUAAGUCACAAAUUCGGAUACGGUCUGAUGGACGCAUCGGAAAUGGUCAGCUUAGCCGAGCAAUGGAUAUCCGUCCCGCCUCAACAUAUUUGUAAAUCACAAGAAAUUAACGAAGAUAAGCCGAUAGAAUCAACGUUUGGUUACACCUUAGCGACGCAUAUGGACGUUAAUGGGUGCAGUUCUACUGUAAAUGAAGUGCGUUAUCUUGAACAUGUUCAAUGUAAAAUAUCAUUAAGGUUCUUCCCUAGAGGUAAUUUACGUAUACUUUUAACUUCACCAAUGGGUACUGUGUCAACAUUGUUGUUCGAAAGGCCACGUGAUGUUGUGAGCUCGAACUUCGAUGAUUGGCCUUUCUUAAGUGUUCACUUCUGGGGUGAACACGCUGAAGGCAGAUGGACGCUACAAAUUGUUAACGCCGGCAACAGACAUGUGAACCAGGCUGGCAUCCUUAAGAAGUGGCAACUCAUAUUUUACGGAACAGCAAUCGAUCCGGUACGAUUAAGAACAAAAAGGCCAUCGCCUAUAGCGCCACCAUUCGCAUUCCCCACCGCCGCGGACGGCUAUGAAACUAUCGGUGAUUCUUUUUACAAUACUGACGCGUUUGCCAACUAUCAAAACUUUCCAAAUCUAUUCGCCGCUGGCUCAGACCCAGAAAAGGCAGUAGCUCGGCUCGAUGGACAUAACGUCCCUUCUCCGCAUGGGGAGAAUGUCCUCGCUGAUAGUAAUGACAAGCGCGUCAUGCAUGACUGUGAUCCCGAAUGCGAUUCUCAAGGAUGCUAUGGAAAAGGACCGAUUCAAUGCAUUGCGUGUAAGCACUACCGACUGGAUGACUCUUGUGUAUCUCGGUGCCCGCCAAGAAGUUACGCGAACCAAGGCGGCGUAUGUUGGCCAUGUCAUGAGUCUUGCGAGACUUGCGUCGGCCCAGGACAGGAUUCCUGUUUGACGUGUGCCCCUGCGCACUUACUAGUUGCCGACCUAGCCGUCUGCCUCCAACAAUGCCCAGACGGCUACUGGGAAGACAGCGAGUCUUCUGUUUGCCGGCCGUGUGCAGCCCACUGUGCCACGUGCUCCGAACGUGCUGACGGUUGCACGUCUUGUGAACACCACCUAGUUCUACAUGACGGAACGUGCUUGGCGUCUUGUCCGCCAUCUCACUAUGAAACUGAAGACUACAUGUGUGCAAAAUGUCACGAAUCCUGCGACUCGUGCCAAGGGCCCGGAGAAGCGCAAUGCGUGACGUGUCACCCGUCAACUUAUGCACUAGACGGAAAAUGUGUUACUUCAUGUCCUCCAGCUUAUUACGCUGAUAAAAAGAGGAAAGAAUGUAUGAGGUGUCCCGUCGGUUGUUCAACAUGCACGAGUGCAUUUUGUCUCUCGUGUGAACCGAACUGGGAACUCAAUAAAAAAGGAAAAUGUAUGCCUGUGGGAACUGAGAAGUGCAGUUCAGGCGAAUUCGCAGAAGCCCAAAAAUGCAAGAGAUGCAACGAAGCUUGCGACUCAUGCUACGGCGAAAACGACGGACAUUGUCUAACUUGUCAAAACCCCAACUUACUUGAGGAAUACAAAUGCGUAUCAGAAUGCAGUCGAGGCUACUACCCAGAAGCGGGUCGGUGCGCGCGCUGCAUGCACGGUUGUUCCGAGUGCGUGUCCCGACUCAACUGUACGGCGUGCGUCAGCGCAUUGAGGCUGCAGUCGGGCGCUUGUAGAACUGCCUGUGCUGAUGGAUAUUACGCGGAUCGCGGCACGUGUUCGAAGUGCUACCUGUCUUGUCGCACGUGCAUUGGGCCGAGGAGAGACCAGUGCGCGUCCUGCCCUGAUGGCUGGAGACUAGCCGCUGGUGAAUGCCAUCCUGAAUGUCCACAAGGUUUCUACCAGAGCUUAGGCGGCUGCCGCCAUUGUCAUCACUACUGCCGGGAAUGCGACGGCUCAGGCCCACUCCACUGCAAGUCCUGCCCACCCCGCUUCAUGUUAGACGGCGGGCUAUGUAUGGAGUGCCUCGGCUCCCAGUACUAUGACGCCAGCAGUGGAACGUGCCGCGCCUGCGAUGGUUCCUGUCGAACUUGCUCAGGACCGGGACAGUUCAGUUGUACGACUUGUUCCAGACCCCUGAGACUAGACAGGCUAAACAAUCAAUGUGUGCCGUGCUGUUCGGAGCGUGGCGCCACAAACUCCACGCCGGCAAGCGACUGCUGUAAUUGUAACCCUGAUACAGGCGAGUGCAUAAACUCGUCGGUAGCGGGCAAGCGUCGUAUCGCGGAGUGGGGCGCGUUACACACCGCGCCGAGCGGCCGGUCCGCGCCGAGCGCCGCCGUCGUCACGCUCGCGGUUUGCGCGGCGGCCGUGGCACUGUUCAUCGCCGUGCUCAUGGUGUUACAGGCGCGCAGUCCGCGCGAACAGAAGCCGAAACGUUCGCGCGACCGCGGGAUCGACUACUCGCGGAUCCCGUGCACCGACGACGGCGACGUGGCCGUCCUCACUCCGCGCACCGCGCUGUCCGCGCGGGAGAGCGACGCGGAGGGAGUCGAGUGCGGACACGAACACGAGCCGCUUCUCGAACAUUCCACAUAGCGCGCGCUGUGAUCCUAGACGUAAGUUAAUGACGUAAUGUGUAUCAUCUGAGAGUCAAGUGAGCCGAGUGGUAGGGGUAAGUCAAUAAGUGAUGUACGGUCACAACUUCCUAGUUAUUGAAAUUUUUAGUUGAAACGUAACCCGAUAGAGAUAUAAGCAGUAAGUCAACUUCGCUAGUUUGUAACUUUGACGCGAAUUUCUUAUCAAAGUUGAACUAUUGUUCAUUUCUUUACUGUGUUUAAAGGAGGACCAUUACAAUUAUGUUGGAUUGUUAUAAGACACCUACCGGCGAGCUUUAAAAGCUAGUGAAAAUUAAAGCUCGUUAUGCGAAUAGUGCGGGCUUUUUAUCGACAUAGUCAAUACGAUAUAGUUACUUCUGUUAAUUAUUUAUUUACUCGACGAUUAUCUAUCGAUCGAUAAAACGUCCGUGCUCAGUGAUUCGUUAAGACAAUUGUUCGGUAAAAGACAUUUAUCGAUAAAAGAGUUGGAGACUUUAGUUGCAAUUACCGUCUUUGCAUAAUGUUUGGUGAUGUUAUGGGAGUCCGUUGGCGGCUUUGAGUAUUGUUAAAUCCUGGAACAUAAUACUGACAAAGAACGUUCUAGAAUACCUAGAAUAAUUCUCAAAACGAAUACGUAGCUAUAUAAUGACGUAACAAAAGAACUGUUAUACUACUUGAAUUAAAUGUAAGAUCAAAACAUGCGAAUUAAGGAACUUCCAUCGUUUGUCUAUAUUAUGUAUCGAUAAAAUUAACAUCACCAGUCGAAGUACUAAAGUCUUGUAUUAAAAGUAACUAUGUAUGUAUGUAAUAUAGCUAGUUAUAAAAUUGUAAGUUGAACAAAUGUUCGUGAUGGUGUCGGCGCCACACUUGUUACGUUGUGAUACUUGGACGAAGAAAAGGUGAUGUUCCAUUGAUGCGUAGCAUAUGCACGCAGCUUCAACGCACUCCACGCUUCUACGUUUUCCCUGCUGUAACAUGAGUCUGUUUUAUAAACGCGAUACGCUCGUAGCCGACGUAGCAAUGCUACGGGCGUAGCGCCUUCAAAUAGAUCAUGUGUAUGCAUAAUGACGUCAUGAGAUCGACGCAGUGUUGUUCGCUAAAGUUGAAAUCACGUGCAUAGUCCGCGCGCAAUAGUGGAACACCACCUUAAUUUUAAAUGGUGUUCCUUUGACAAUCUCUCGGAAGUUUGCAAAAGAAUCGAUUCCAUAUCAAACAUUCAAGUAACUAAAGUUAACUAUUACAUUCCGUUCAUCUUCUCGAACUUCACAAAACGAAGAAACGUCCAGGAAUAUUAUUUUUAUCGAUAGAAAACUUAUCUACCACUUAAUGAAUAAUCGAAACUUAAUCGAUUAAUAUUAUGCUAGAUUCGCACUAAGUUUCGUAGUUAUGUUUAAGGAACACGCGUCCGUAUUAGUGGUUCCAUGUUUGUUGGUACAUCUUGACUUAGUGCACACUCGACUUAAUCAAACCUGCCUUUGAUGUUAGCCGCUGGGGUAAUUUGCAUUACAUAUGUGGUAUGAUCUAUCUGUCUCGCAAACAACUGACUGCCUGUGACGUCACUGGCCGGCCAUUGUUUUCUUUCUGCAUUUAUUUGGGCUCUCUUUAUAUUAUUGUUUAACUGUUGUUCAAGUAUCGCAUUGUUAUCGGCGCACAUUUUUGGCGUAAUGGGUCAUAGAAAAUAUUCAAUAGGCAGUUAAGUUUAAAAUUCUGUUCCUUUAGUUUCCAUUGUUGUAGCACGUUACUAUAACGGCCUAAAACUAUUCGCAUAGAAAAUAUUGUUUUGAUUAAAAAAGAACGUAAGAAUCAGUCGAAUACCAGCAAACAUGCUUCCAUCAAGUCAUUGAAUAAGCCAUAAGACAUGCCACAAUACACUGUAAUGUAAUAUGAAUCUGAUAUAAGAUCUGGAGCUCUCUCAGUAUGGCGGUACGACCCUUAACUGUAAUUAAAUGUAUUUUAAUUGUAAUUUAGUUCAUAGGCCCAAAGUUACCAUAGCGUUUUAAAAAUUGUACAAUUUUAAUUUUGAACCUGUUCAAGUUGACGAAAAUAUAGUUUAAACUGUUGAUUCUAUUAGGCAAUUUUUUACAUAGUCCUAAAAUAUACCUUGACUCGUCAUAAUUUUAACUUUAUUUUAUAAGUAGUAAAGCUUCUUAGUUUUUAAUUGUAAUUAGUUAAAAUCAUUCAUUUAUUUCUGCAGACGUUAGGUAUAUUUUUAGAAUUUAGGUUUUUAUAUUUAAAUAAUAAUAAAAUUGUCACAAAUUUCAAUCUCAAUUGUAUAAAGUCUCGAAAUUGUAAUGUUUUAUAUUUGACAGAUAUGUUAAUAAACUAUAAUGUGAUAUAAAUACUGUAGGACUGUAAGACCGUCGCGUCGGUCGUGCGACGGUCAUAGACAAAUUUAUAAAGUCAAAGAUGUAAUGUUACCAUUUACCAUCACAACUGUAUAUAAUGUUAGCUAGAUUGUUGAAUUGUUAAUAAAGAAAUAUUGUCAAUAAAUCCUUAUGGUAUUUAAAAUAAUGAAUGAAUGUCACAAUUUGCUUUGGCUUGGAGUUUCGUCAAUUAAAAUGUACUCGAAAUAAUUUAUUAGGAAACAAAUUUAAUAAUCUUAAUGUUUUAAUUUCCGUUUAAUAUUUAGGAAAAACUUCUUGACAUCUGAUUUGAUAAUACUUUUUGCAUUUCCACUAUGAUUGCAUAUAAUCAAAAUUUUCUAAUUAUGUAUUUGUGUAAUAUCGAUCUAUAUUGCGGUUUUUUAGUUUGUUUUAGUGGGAAUCUUUUUAAUUAAGAAUAUAUUUUUGUAUGAAAUGUUCUUAUGUGCAAUUAAUAUUUGUAAUAAAAAGGAAGUCUGUGUCAACGA